CUCCUCCUUCCCACGACUCCCGAGCGCUUUCUCCGCCUGCGUGUGGCGGCAGCAUGGCGACUGCGAACGGGAGCAGCAAGGGGCCGUUCGAGGUGCCCAAGGUGGAGGUCAGGUUCACCAAGCUCUUCAUCGACGGCAAGUUCGUCGACGCCGUCUCCGGCAAGACGUUCGAGACCCGGGACCCUCGCACCGGCGAGGUGAUCGCCAGCAUCGCGGAGGGAGGCAAGGCCGACGUCGACCUCGCCGUCAAGGCCGCCCGGGAGGCCUUCGACAACGGGCCCUGGCCCAGGAUGACGGGAUACGAGCGUGGUCGGAUCCUCCACAGGUUCGCGGACCUGAUCGACGAGCACGUGGAGGAGCUGGCGGCGCUGGACACGGUGGACGCCGGCAAGCUGUUCGCCGUGGGCAAGGCGCGGGACAUCCCGGGCGCCGCGCACCUGCUGCGCUACUACGCCGGCGCCGCCGACAAGGUGCACGGCGCGACGCUCAAGAUGGCGCAGCGGAUGCACGGGUACACGCUCAAGGAGCCCGUGGGCGUGGUGGGCCACAUCGUGCCCUGGAACUACCCCACCACCAUGUUCUUCUUCAAGGUAGGGCCCGCGCUCGCCGCAGGCUGCGCCGUCGUCGUCAAGCCCGCCGAGCAGACGCCGCUGUCCGCGCUCUUCUACGCGCACCUCGCCAGGGAGGCCGGCGUCCCCGCCGGCGUGCUCAACGUCGUGCCGGGAUUCGGGCCCACGGCCGGGGCCGCCGUCGCCGCCCACAUGGACGUCGACAAGGUCAGCUUCACCGGGUCCACGGAGGUCGGCCGCCUCGUCAUGAGGGCCGCGGCCGAGAGCAACCUCAAGCCCGUGUCGCUCGAGCUGGGCGGCAAGUCUCCCGUCAUCGUCUUCGACGACGCCGACCUCGACAUGGCCGUUAACCUCGUCAACUUCGCCACCUACACCAACAAGGGCGAGAUCUGUGUGGCCGGCACGCGCAUCUACGUGCAGGAAGGGAUCUACGACGAGUUCGUGAAGAAGGCCGCCGAGCUCGCCAGCAAGUCCGUGGUCGGAGACCCGUUCAACCCGAGUGUCAGCCAAGGCCCCCAGGUUGACAAGGACCAGUACGAGAAGGUCCUCAGGUACAUUGACAUCGGGAAGCGCGAAGGCGCCACGCUGGUCACCGGAGGGAAGCCCUGCGGCGACAAGGGCUACUACAUCGAGCCCACCAUCUUCACGGACGUCAAGGACGACAUGACGAUCGCACAGGAUGAAAUCUUUGGGCCGGUGAUGGCUCUCAUGAAAUUCAAGACCGUGGAGGAGGUGAUCCAGAAAGCGAACAACACCCGGUACGGCCUGGCCGCCGGCAUCGUGACCAAGAACAUCGACGUCGCCAACACCGUGUCGCGGUCCAUCCGCGCCGGCGCCAUCUGGAUCAACUGCUACUUCGCGUUCGACCCGGACGCGCCGUUCGGCGGGUACAAGAUGAGCGGGUUCGGCAAGGACAUGGGCAUGGACGCGCUCGACAAGUACCUGCAGACCAAGACCGUCGUCACUCCGCUGUACAACACUCCAUGGCUCUGACCGACCUCAUCCUGUCCGAUGAACAGUUCAACAUCACAAACAAGAAGAAACAUGUCUUGUAAGAUACUCCUCCAAAGGAUCGGUUGCCUGUACCUGUACUCUUACACCUGCAUGGAUUGAUGAUGCAGUGCAAUGUAGCAUUCAGAACAAUAAAGACAUGUUUCGGACUGCUGGUGUCUGAUCGGUUGAAGAGCAUGUUUCAGUAUUACUAUUUCUUUUCACCGACAACCGCGUUGGUUUCUUGUGAACAUUUUUUGGUGCCUAUUUUCGCGAUAGGAACUUAUGGCAAUAUAAUGCUUGGCAUAUCAU